UAUAAACACAACCAGGAAAUUCAGGAGUUCAGGGAAACUGAAACUGUUGGACUGUUGUGUGUUUCGUCUUUCUUUCUGUGAGUACAUACAGUGAAAUGGCAGAAGCCAGUAUUUCAGUGGUUCAGGAUCAGUUCAUCUGUUCAAUCUGUCUGGAUCUACUGAAGGAUCCAGUGACCAUUCCCUGUGGACACAGUUACUGUAUGAGCUGUAUUACAGACUGCUGGGAUCAAGAUGAUCAGAAGAGAAACUACAGCUGCCCUCAGUGCAGACAGACCUUCACUACAAGACCUGAUUUAAAUAAAAAUGUGGUGUUUGCUCAGAUGGUGGAGAUGCUGAAGAAGACAAAACUUCAAACUGAUCGACCUUCUCUCAGUUAUGCUGAAGCUGGAGAUGUGAAGUGUGACGUCUGUACUGAGAGAAAACACAAAGCUGUCAAGUCCUGUCUGGUGUGUCUGAACUCUUACUGUCAAAAUCAUUUUAAACUUCAUGAGAAUUUAUUCAAAGGGAAAAGACACAACCUGAUAGACGCCACUGGACGACUUCAACAGAUGAUUUGCCCAAAACAUGAUAAACAAAUGGAAAUCUACUGCCGCAAUGACCAAUACUGUAUUUGUUAUCUGUGUACAAUUGACGAACAUAAAAAUCACGACACUGUAUCAGCUGCAACAGAGAGAACAGAAAAACAGAGAUUACUGGAGGACAAGCAGAGUAAACUCCAUCAGAGAAUCCAGGAGAAAGAGAAGGAGAUUCACGACCUAAGAGAGGCUGUGAAGAUUCACACGAUCUCUGCACAGACAGCAGUGGACGACACUGAGAGGAUCUUUACUCAACUGAUCCGAUCCAUUGAGAGAAGACGAUCUGAGGUGAUACAGCUGAUCAGAGAUCAGGAAAAGGCAGAAGUGAAUCGAGCUGAAGAUCUCUUAAAGAAACUGAAGCAGGAGAUUGAUGAUCUGAGGAGGAGAGACGCUGAGCUGGAGCAGCUUUCACAAACUAAAGAUCACAUCAGUUUCCUUCAGAGUUUUCAGUCUCUCUCUUCAUCUCCUGGAUCUUCAGACAUCAUCAUUUUCAGUUCUCUAACUUUUGAUGAUGUGAGCAAUUCUGUCACUAAACUGAAAGAAAAUAUGGAAGAUUGCUUUAAGAAAGAUAUUAAAAAGAUAUCUGACAAAGUUACAUGCAUUGAAAUUAUUCCCACCAAUGUACCGAAGACCAGACAGGAGCUUCUACAAAAUUUCUGUCUGUUCUCUCUGGAUCCAACCACAGCACAUAAAUGUCUCUGUCUGUCUGAGGAGAACAGAGUGGCUACUAACACUGGCACAGAGCAGCAGUAUCCUGAUCAUCCAGACAGAUUUGGUCAUUGGGAUCAGGUGUUGUGUAGUGAGAGUGUGAGUGGACGCUGUUACUGGGAGGUUGAGUGGAGUGAUAUAGUGGACAUAUCAGUGUCAUAUAAGAGCAUCAGGAGGAAGGGAAACACAUAUAAUAGUUUACUGGGAUGUAAUGAUCAGUCCUGGAGUUUGUGCUGCUCUUCCUCUCAAUGCUCUGUCUUGUACAAUGGCAGAAAGACAAAUCUCCCAGUAGUGUCCAGAUCUUCGAGAAUAGGAGUUUAUGUGGAUCACAGUUCAGGAUCUCUGUCCUUCUACAGCGUCUCUGACACAAUGACCCUCAUCCACAGAGUCAACACCACAUUUACUGAACCUCUCUAUCCUGGGUUUUAUGUUAGAGGAUCAGUGAAACUGUGUGAUCUAACAUUAUAAAUGAUAUACAUCAUGCACCAUACACUAUAACACACAAGUAAUAAUAAUAAAAUACAGCACGCUGAUUCCCACCCAACAUUUCAUGGUGGGGCCAAUGUAGGCAAUAUAUGGGCUUGAAAUAUAGACCCUAAGUGGGUUUGUCCAUGGGUUCUAUGCUGGCCCCAUCUGACUUAGCCCACAUGAACCUUAUGUAGAAACUGAACCCAAUGUGGACUAAACCAAUGCCAAUUAUGUUUAUGGUUGGGUUGAAGAAGUGAUAAAGAUAAUGAAGAUAUAACUGAAGUGAUGAUUGACCAUUAAUGAUAAACACCUGCUAGUAAUAAACAGAAUUACUAAAGAAAGAUAAACAAGAAAAGUAGAAAACAUAAACUUAUGCUAUGUUUAUUUCAUAUGUGUUAUAAAUCUUAUAAAAGAGAAAUAACAGAGGUUUAGCUCUAGUUCAGGGGUGGGGAACCCUGUUCCUGGAGGGCCACUGUCCUGCAGAGUUUAGUUCCAAGCCUAAUUAAACACACCUGAAAAAUCUAAUUCAAAUCUCCAGGAUUACUUUGA